AUGUCAACACUACCCAACAUUCCCACCCGCCAACUCGGCCGAGAUGGCCCUACUAUCCCUAUCUUAGGUCUCGGCCUCAUGGGUCUGAGCUCUUUCUAUGGGACACCACCUCCAGAUGAGGAACGCUUUAAACUUCUCGACCGAGCCCACGAGCUCGGUUGUGUGCACUGGGAUUCGGCCGCCCUGUAUGGUGACAGCGAGGAUUUACUGGGCAGGUGGUUCGAGCGGACCGGAAAGCGGAAGGAUAUUUUCUUGGCCACCAAGUUCGGUAACUAUGUCAGGCCCGAUGGUGGUCGCGAGUUCAGAAACGACCCCGACUUCAUCCGCGGCGCCGUGAAGGAGGCUUUGAGGCGUUUGAAGACGGAUUACAUCGACUUGCUAUACUGCCACCGCAUCAGCGGCAAGACCCCCAUCGAAGAUGUGAUCGAAACCCUCAAGGAGUUUGUCGACUCCGGACAAGUCCGCUCCAUCGGCCUCUCCGAAUGCGGCGCCGACACCCUCCGCCGAGCCGCCCGCAUUCUCCCCAUCCGCGCCUACCAGAUCGAAUACAGCCCCUUCUCCAUGGACAUCGAACAGCCCGGGCCCCCGCUCCCAGGAAACAACAACAACAACACCACCGCCAACAACGCCGCCAGCCCCAGCCUCCUCCAAACCUGCCGCGACCUAGGCAUCGCCGUCGUCGCCUACUGCCCACUCGGGCGCGGGAUGCUCACGGGGCGGUACACGUCGCGGGAGGACUUCGGCGAGGGCGAUUUCCGGCGCGCCGUGCCGCGGUUCUCGGCCGAGAACUUCCCGCGCAACAUGGCGCUGGUGCGCGAGAUGGAGCGGGUCGCGGCGCGGAAGGGCUGCUCGUCGGCGCAGCUGACCCUGGCGUGGCUGAUGCGUCAGGAGGGGGUGUUUCCGAUCCCGGGCACGAAGAGGGUGGGGUUUUUGGAGGAGAAUUGGGGGGCGAAUGGGGUGUUUGAGGGGUUAGACGGGGGGGAGGAGAGGGAGAUUCGGGAGGCGGUGGAGAGGGCCGAGGUGUGGGGGACCAGGUAUCCUGAGGCGAUGAUGGGGGGGUUGGUGAAGGAUACACCGGCGAGGGAGUAG